AGCACGUGGGGCGCCGCUCGCCUUUCCUGGGGCUGCUGGGACGGUGGAGGAGUCGCGAGGCCUCCCGCCGCCGUCGGGCAGAGAGGCUGGCGGAGGCGGGGCCGCGGCCGCCCCCGAGACGAGCCCUGGCGGCGGCGGCGGCCCAGCCUCUUCUCUCCUCGCACAGCCAGGCGGCCACGCUCGAGGCCCGCGUCGCCAUGGCCGCGGUUCCCGAGUUGCUGCAGCAGCAGGAGGAGGACCGCAGCAAGCUGAGAUCUGUAUCAGUGGACCUGAAUGUUGACCCCUCGCUUCAGAUUGACAUACCUGAUGCACUCAGUGAGAGGGAUAAAGUCAAAUUUACAGUGCACACCAAGACCACGCUGCCCACGUUUCAGAGCCCAGAGUUUUCUGUUACAAGGCAACAUGAAGACUUUGUGUGGCUACAUGACACUCUUAUUGAAACUACAGACUAUGCUGGGCUUAUUAUUCCGCCCGCGCCUGCAAAACCUGACUUCGACGGCCCUCGAGAGAAGAUGCAGAAACUGGGAGAGGGUGAAGGGUCUAUGACCAAAGAAGAAUUUGCCAAGAUGAAGCAAGAGCUGGAAGCUGAGUAUCUCGCGGUCUUCAAGAAGACUGUGUCUUCCCAUGAAGUCUUUCUUCAGCGGCUCUCCUCUCACCCUGUUCUCAGUAAAGAUCGCAACUUUCACAUUUUCCUGGAAUAUGAUCAAGAUCUAAGUGUUAGGCGGAAAAAUACCAAAGAGAUGUUUGGUGGCUUUUUCAAAAGUGUGGUGAAAAGUGCUGAUGAAGUCCUUUUUUCAGGAGUUAAGGAGGUAGAUGACUUCUUUGAGCAAGAGAAGCAUUUCCUCAGUAACUAUUACGAUAGGAUCAAGGGUUCCUGUGCAAAGGCUGACAGAAUGACCAGCGCUCAUAAAAAUGUAGCGGACGAUUACAUCCACACCGCAGCCUGCUUGCAUAGCCUGGCUUUAGAAGAGCCCACGGUCAUCAAAAAGUACCUGUUGAAGGCGGCUGAGCUAUUUGAAAAACUUAGGAAAGUAGAGAGUCGAGUCUCCUCAGAUGAAGACUUAAAGCUGACAGAGCUCCUCCGAUACUACAUGCUCAACAUAGAGGCUGCUAAGGAUCUCUUAUACAGACGCACUAAAGCCCUCAUUGACUAUGAGAAUUCAAACAAGGCAUUGGAUAAGGCCCGGUUAAAAAGCAAAGAUGUCAAGCUGGCUGAGGCACACCAGCAGGAAUGCUGCCAGAAAUUUGAACAGCUUUCUGAAUCUGCAAAAGAAGAGCUAAUCAAUUUCAAACGAAAGAGAGUGGCAGCAUUUAGGAAGAAUCUGAUUGAAAUGUCUGAACUGGAAAUAAAGCAUGCCAGGAACAACGUCUCCCUCCUGCAGAGCUGCAUCGACUUGUUCAAGAACAACUGAACAAAGGACGUGAAUGUGAAGAAAGCCCGCAUCACUUGCACUCAGAUCAUUACCGCGGAAGAUUUAUUACCUUUGGCUUUAGUUUAAAAUUAUGUGAAUAAAUAUUUUGAUUUCUAAAGAUCUUAACACUUAACCAUGUUGGUUUAAAGAUAUUUCUAUUGCAUGCUACUUGGACAUAACUAAUCUUUAUGCAUUUAAUACCUCAGAGUGGGUAGAAUCUAAGUACUGGGUAUCUCCUCUAAUUUGUCUUUCGUAAUUAAGAAAGGGUGCGGGAAUCUUGCGCCUUCUGGAGUCUGUGUAAGCAGUGGCCUGGCACACACUGCCUCACUGUUCCCUGUGCCCAUGCCCCUACAAACCGGUGACUUUAGGGUAGGUGCCGAUUAUAACAGAUGAGUCAGCCGCUUGCUACAGGUAAGAGACAUUCCAUCUCUUCAUUAGGUAAUUUCCCCCUUUCUUACUCUCCUGGUUCUUUAAUCACCUUGAGUUGUUUGUACUAUAACAAGAGCAAGAAAAAUCUCAUAUCUUUAUAUACACCCUUUGCAACUCCAUUUUUGUAGUUGGGAGAUAAAUAUUUGAGGGGAAAGAAGCAUCUUAAGGGUAUAAGAACAAGUAAUAAGGCCUAAUUUAGAAGGUGGCCAGAUCUACAUUAAGAAAGAUGUGAACCCCCUCCCUAAUGGGGGGGGCGGUAUGUGUGUGUUUGGACUUUUUAUAAAGUGUACAAUAAAAUAAUCCAUGCUCUA